AGGAAACACAAAGUGAAAGUAUACAGUAGCGGAAAACCAGUGUGAUAAAACACAGAGCCAGCCUUUACAGACAGAACAAAAACAAAGAUGUUUAGAUCUUCAAAGACGAGUCUUUAAAUGGCAAACAUGGAAAUAUUACCUGUCCGAAUAUCUGUGUUAACUCUUCUGCUGUAUCCACAGAUCAUCACAAUGUGGACAGACUACUAUACAGUAAAUGUCCUGGCCUAUACUCGCAUGAUGGGAAACGGGUCCAUGGAUCAGACAGUCGUUGUUCUGGUGAAUGACAGCAUAUUUGCAUACUUUGACCAGGAAAAUAAAACAUUUGCCCUGCGUCCCAGUGCAAGCGCAGGGUUUUCUGUUUUAGAGAAGCGCGACAGCAUUUUCUGCCUGGGUGAGGUGACAAAGGGAUUCUAUCGACAAGCUGAAUACCUGGAUAAACUCAAAGAGGAAACAAACUCAUCUAAGCCACUUUUGGUACGCCCUUCAGUCAGUGUGUAUACUGAGUUUCCUGAGGAAGAAGGAAAAGCAAAUGUCCUUUACUGCUAUGCCACUGGGUUUUACCCUGGUGACAUUGAAAUAAACUUGUUUCUAAAUGGCCAUAAGUCCAUUGUGAAGGUAGAGACGUCUGACUUAAUAUAUAGCAAAGACUGGACCUUCAGAGUGUACAAGUACAUGACUAUCACCCCACGGACUGGAGACGAGUACACAUGUGAAGUGAGACACAGCAGUAUGGCUGAACCCAAAAUAAAAACGUGGAGGCCUGAAUUUUCAGCAUCCACAUCACAUCUCUACUGGGCUUGUUCACUACCUCUCGGGAUCCUGUUGGGCAUCAUGACAUCUGUCUUGAUUUUAAGAAGAAAACAGCGUUCUCUGUUAUAAUGAUGCUUUGAAAAACUGCAGUAUAUAUAUGCAUAUGUAAACUUUCUGGCUUAUUCUACAGAAUUGGCUCAAAGUCAGAGUUGGAAACAUCUUGAAAAUAAUGUCUUUUUCCACAAAUUUUCCACAAAAUAUCCAGGGUACACAUUUAAUUAUGCAGUUAAUUCUCAUAUUGUAUUUUCAGAAAGUUUUUGAAUGUUUUUCCUUUCCCCAACUUUGUCACUACCGAAACACAAUAAUAAAUAAUUUAAUAAGAAGGGUUACAUUGACCUAUUAAGAUUUUGUACAUUGUAAAUAUAUUUUUUGCCAUUUAAAAAAAAAAAAGUUUUCACAGGUAAAUCAAUAACAAUUACAAUUUUAACAAUAUUUCAAGUCUAAUUUAUGAGAUUUGUUGUAUUUUGAAUCCAAUCUUUCUUUGUAAAAGGCAUAAAGUUUAUCAAACUGA